UCUGCUAAAUGACGUAAAUGUAAAAUGAUGAGAGUUUGCGAAAGUAGGCUGUUUGCCUAAUCAAGAAGUCAUGUGUUCUCAAAACCUAAAAAGGCAUCGCUCUGCACAGAUCCGCUUUGUUGCGCCAAAAGUCCGUUUUAUUAAGGGCCCAUUAAUGUAUAAUCAAACGCACCUCAUAAAUAUUUUAUGUGAUACACAUAAAAUCAUUAUGUCUCUCCUCUAGAUAAAUACAAUCAGUAUACAAAUAAUACUUUCUGGUUCAAACUUACAAGACCAACCAAACUAGUGAAAGUGACUAGUUAGAAUAAAAGCUAGCAAUUCAAAAACAGAGUUGGUGCGGAAAUGGUGUAUCCUUAUAUUACAGCAUGUUAUUACAUUUAUUUUACGAGGACUUACAACUAGUAGUCUAUAAAAUGUUUUACAAGCAUUGAGUGUAUGAUAUACCUUAUGACGAUAUCUUGUGAGAGUUUACACUCAUAAUGUGGUGUGGUAUCAAUGUUGAGUGGUGGCUGUGAAAUAAAUGUGUGUAUUAGGCUAAUCUAUACAUAAAACAAAUAGUCCUGCACCACCCUUAUGCACAUUUAAAAACCCCGCUAACACAGAAUGACUUCAAGUUUGACAUUCUUUCUCCUUAACCAUUCGGUUUCUUUGGCAUUCUUUAAAUAAAAAGGCAAAUUAAACAUAGGCCUAUACCGUUACAGCGGACUGAUUUACUCACUGCGUUUGGUAAAUAUGAUCACGUGAUUCAUGUAACCAAUCCCUGAAGAUGAAGCCAGCAAAAAUACUAUGAUUGUUCAGAGGAAAGGUUUCCGUAACAGUGUAACCUUUUAUAUGACUACGAAGGGAUCAAAAAAUGUCGACCAGUAGCACUCUGAGUAACUAUUAUGUGGACUCUAUAAUGGGGCAUGAAGGAGAGGAUGUGUACAGGCCACGCUUUGGCCAGUCUCCGCAGAGUACGACCUCAAUGCCAUCAGGCGUUGGGGACAAUGCUGAUUUUUCCUCCUGCAGUUUUGCACCUAAAUCAGCCGUUUUCCCAGGGUCUUGGUCCUCGGUUCACCCGCAGUCCGCCGCCGCAGUGUCAGGGAUUUACCACCCUUACGUCCAGUCCCACCUCUCCACAGCAGACAGCAGAUAUGUUCGGUCCUGGAUAGACCCCAUUUCUAACAACGUUUCUUUCUCCGGCUUUCACUAUAACAGCCGGCAUUAUGGAACCAAGCCCGAAAGUUUACCACUUAAAAGGACUGAGAGUGCCACUUUUGAGACAGAGAAUCCGGGGGUUGUCUCUUGCCCUGGUUAUGCAUGUGGAUUGUCCGAAUGCCCGGAAAAAGUGGCCAAAGAGAGUGUUGGCAGUGAUACUUCAAAUCACAGCGAGCCUAAAGAAGAGAAAAAACAACUUGAUCCAAACAACCCUGCAGCAAACUGGAUUCAUGCACGUUCAACAAGGAAGAAGCGAUGUCCAUAUACAAAGUAUCAGACACUAGAACUAGAAAAAGAAUUUCUUUACAACAUGUAUUUGACACGAGAUCGACGAUACGAAGUGGCUCGAAUUCUGAAUUUAACUGAAAGGCAGGUCAAAAUCUGGUUCCAGAACAGAAGAAUGAAAAUGAAAAAGAUGAACAGAGAGAGAGGCAGUAAGGAUCACUUAUAGCUGAUGCUAGAGUGGAUGUAGUCCCUCGUCUUUUGAUGUACCGUAUUGUUGUGAUUACUUGGAAUAAAACGUUCUUUCUUUUUUUA